GAAGAGGCUGUGAGCCGGGGCUUUUGAGCCCAGCUUUUCUCUUCCUCACAGCGUGAUGCUUGUCACCUGUGACUAUUCCAUGCAACCACACUCAGGCUUUAGAAUACCUUUUCAUACAGUCACGCAAACCGGACAUUAAAUUAUUGGUUAGAAAUGACUUAUUUUUUUUAACGCCUCCAAAUACCAGCAACGCCUUGGAAAUGCUGGCUGAUAGGCUGAUAAUAGUCGCAUAAUCAUUUCUUCAAGCGUACAGCACUUCACGUACGUCUUUUUCAACUCCGACCAACCGGCUGGCUCUGGAAAGCUCAAGAUCAUUUCGAGCUGCAUCUGAACGAUGUCAUUCCGCCGGAAUCCAAACGAGGGUCCUCCGAACCGUGUCAUGGGAUGGGCGCUCUCAACUUGGAAAAAACAUCAACUCGCACAGGUUCUUGAUGCUAUUAACGUCCCUUAUGAACGAUGGCGUUCGAAAGUCGACCUUUACUUGAUACUCAAUCAGAAUAAUCAAGGAGAUGGGCUGACUGCGGCGGAUCGUAUCAGGAUCCUUCGACGACCAAGGGCUGAGCCUCCCCCGCCUGAACCCCCAGCGGUUGAGCCUUCAGCGACACCACAUCCAGCGGCACAACCUCCUGACCCGAUCGUGAGAGAUCCAGAGAAUUCCUGGCGAGUUCUACUUCAACUACUUGCUAAUGUAGUAAGACCUGUACAGGAGGCAAAUAUUGUCACCACAGAAUGCAUUGGUUGUGUCAGUGAUCUCACCCCUGAAAUCACGCCUUCUCGACCCAUCACCGCGACCUGCGCUCACCAGAACAAUAUGUGCCUUGAAUGUCUCGCACAGCAUAUUCAGGUUCAAUUAGAUAACAGGAUGUGGAAUAACAUCUCUUGCCCUACCUGCCCUUCACGACUCUCAUAUGAAGAUAUACAAGAGUGGGCACGGCCAGAGACUUUCCAGAGCCAUGAGGAGAUUGCUGAUUCUAAUUCAAGAUAUGACCAAAUGGCUUUACGUGAAACUAUGGCGACUGAUCCCACCUUCCGUUGGUGCCCUGCCCCUGGAUGCGAGUCUGGUCAGAUUCAUGAGCGCGGAGAAGCCGAGCCUAUAAUGACUUGCGCCUCUUGUGGUCGCCGCAGCUGCUUUAUUCAUCAAGUGGAAUGGCAUGUUGAAGAAACUUGUGCACACUUUGAACAGACCAAGAAAAAGGCGCAGGAGGAAGCAGAUCAGAUGGAGGCAAGCUUAGCAUUGGUAGAGAAAGAGAGCAAGCAAUGUCCUAAUCCCGACUGUGGCUGGAGAAUCAUCAAGAAUGGCGGCUGUAACCAUAUGACAUGCCUCAAAUGUGGACACGAGUUCUGCUGGUUAUGUUUCGCUCGCUAUGACGAGAUCCUUAGAUAUGGAAAUGCAGCACACAAUCCCGGUUGUCGGCACCACACCGCCCAGUUAGAAGCGGCUGCGAACGGCCGUCAACAAGCUCGACCACGGCGACCACGACGUGCGGCAGCCUAA